AUGGUGGAUUAUACCUUGUAUAGGCGGUUUAAUGAGGUUUACGACCACAGACAAGGACUUCUCUCGGAGUCUUACCCGAGACAUUCCGUCGACUUCCUGUCCGCUUUCCGCAAUGUCCGUCAGAACUGCACCGCAGCGUCAUCUCCGUCGCCGUCGUCGCCAUCGUGUACGGCUGAACAUAUGGACGUCGAAGGAAAGUGCGCGUUGGUCGUAGACGGAACCAGCGGCGUAGGCUUUGCGUUCGCAGACGAGCUGUUGAAAAUGAAAGCCGCCAAGGUCGUCAUCACCGGCUUGGACGAACACAAGGGAGCUGAGACAGCCUGCGAACUAAAUGAACGCUACGGCCCGGCUAAGGCGGACUUCUAUCAAGCCGACACUACCAGUCCGUUAGAUGUCGAAAGUAAUAUACUCUUCUUAUAA